ACACUCCGGUAUUCAAGGUAUUUAAAAGAGUCUUAACAUUGGUAGCGCUUGAUCGUAUAUAAGAAAAAAGGAAUUAAUAUAAAAAGCUCACCACUUUCCACGCCCUUCUUGACAUAGCGUCAUAAGAAUUUAAGAAAAAUAAAUAAUUACAAAACUGGAUUAACGGAAAAAAUAGGAAUAAAAUGAUUUUAAAGGCUCAAUGGAUAUUCUUAAUCUUCUAUUAUUUACAGUGGAAUAGUGUUGUUGAUGGUGUUUUAACAGAUUGUAAUAAUUGUACAUCAUCAAAUUUACAAGAAUGCAAAACGGUUACUGGUGGUUUUAAGUGUGUUUGUAAAUCUGGUUUUUAUGGAGCCUAUUGUUCGUUAAAACCAUUGACUAUUAGUGGCUGUGGAACGGACUCUUGUAAUAACUGCGUCGAUUCUGAGGUUGAAAGUGCUUGUCCAUCAACAACCUCAAUUUAUCAGUCCACUCCAACGACUUUGGAAAUGACCACUACGGCUGUAGCGGAUUCUGUUCAAGUUAUUAUUGAUAUGUUAGCAGCAAAGAAACAAGAAUUGUCUCCAGCAGCCUACCAACAAUUGGAAAAUCAGAUCUUGCAGCUUAUCCUUAAUUCCAAUAAAAGAAGAAAGAGGAGAGCUAUUAACGAUUUGGAAGGAAAGUUUAGCGUUUCAAUUACAAAUAUUGAACAAGUGAUGAACACUCAAGGGGAAUUUGUUUAUCGAGUGAUACUCGAUUUUUCAUCAAACGAUACAAGCGUGACAAAAGCAACCUUAGAAAGAGAAAUAACAACCGACAGAGUUAUAGCAGCUGCUAAGAAGACAUUUAAUAAUACUGAAAUAUCUGCUAAGCAAAAUGAUUCUAGGACUCUUGCCAAUAGUUAUAGUCUAUUUGUAAGAGGUUUCGUUCUAGAUAAGCGCGUUUUUAAACAUUACGAACACGUUAUAAAAGGAGCAUUUUUCAACUCUCAACCAUCUUUAAAGACUAGAGCAAACUUUAAAGUUGAAGUUUUAAGAGGAGAAGAAUAUUUUGGUUCUAAAGGCGAAUCUAUAACAAAGUUAUACUACUUUGCUACUUACGAGGAAAAUGGUCAAACUGUUGAAGUAUCCCCAUUGGAAAUAGAAAAACCCAACGACGAUCACAUACAAAACGAAGUAAAACAGAAACCAGAGUUAAAAGAAGAACCUUUGGAGUUUGCUGAUCCAUCUAAAUUACGAGAGAUAGAUUCAUUUUUUCUAUUAGUAAACGGAAUCGUCUACGAUGUUGAUGAAGCCAAAUUCGCCAAUGCUAUUCAUAUAGCAUAUCGAACUACUCUUACUACAGUAAAUUUUAACGAUAUUAAAGUUAUAAUAAGCAGUAGGAAGACAGUAAUAUACGAAGGGAAAGAAUGUACAAAACUCAUAUACUUUCUUGAGAAUACAAAGACUUCUGAAAUUUUGUCUGCAACAAUCUAUCAGACAGUUAUCGAAUCCGAUGUUAAAAUCUCCUUCACAAAUAUAUUUAAUGAAAAUUACGAAUUAAUUAAAGAUGUAAGGAUAGAGAGAACAACUAAAACUCAAAUUAUCAGCGAACAAGAGGAAACCAGUUCAACUUUACUCAGUCUAGAUAAGUCCUUUGUUUUCUUCUCCGAAAUUGGUGUUGCAAGUGAUUUAUUACUUAAAAUUCAAACAUCCUUGGAAGCCGUUGUAAGAAAAAAUUUCGAGCUUAAUACUCUUGAUGUUGACAUUGUAUCGACUAAGAGAUUUGCUAUUCCGGAUAGAGAUAAUCUUAUAACGCAAAUAUCAUUUUUCAUAAAAAAUGGAACUAAAGUUUUGGACGCCCGUAGAUUCGAUUCUGUUAAAGCUUCUGUUGAUGAAAUUGCUACCAGUGUAACGCCUAACAUUAACAUAAUUAAAAUAGAGCCAAGACGCUUAGAAAAAACUGCAGUUUCCAUUAAAUCUUGCUUUAAGCAACUAAUUAAAGGAAUAGUUGUUAUACAAGAUAGUAAAAAAUUUGAAGAAGCAUUCAAGACAAGUAUAUUACAAGCGAAUUCAGAACUCGUUAAAGAUGAAACCCAUAUUAGGCUUGUAUCUAUUCAGGAAACACUAUCAGAAAAGGGUGAAAAAUUCUCUCAACUUUUUUUCUCUGCCGAAGAGGAACGUGUUCAAAUAGACGCCAGUUUUAGAACCAAAUCAGAAGUUUCAGCUUUAUCUUUUAAAAGUCAUGUAACAUUCAAGAGAAGGGAUAAGACUAGUUACGAAGUUAGUACUGAAGUCAACCUUAAAACAAGUAUCUACGAAGAUUUAAGAUUUUUCACAUCGGAAACAAGAAUAGUAGAGUCUGAUUAUACAAAAAUUGAAGAGAUCUAUAAAACCGAAAUAGAAAGUCAAUUUACCCAUUAUAAAUCCAUUGUAGUAAAUAUAGUCAAUCAAGAAACAGUCAUUUUAAAGAGCAAGAAGAGAGUUACGAGAGUGGCGCUUUUUAUACAAGAUACUAUCACUAAAGAGAUAAUUGAAUCCUAUAAGAUCGCCAGUAUCAAAUUCGAAAGUAUUAAGACAAAGAUUGGUUCUAUUACUAGUAAUAUUGUAAAGAAAUAUUCCGUAAGCCAAUUGGAGAGCGAAGAGAAGAGAGAGGAGACGCUUUUUGGUUUCUUUUUAUCUACAAGCGUAUCUAAAAAUACCAGUUUAGAAGAAACAAUAGCAACAUCAAUAAAGAAUGACGUAACUCUAGAUAUUAAAAAAGCGAAUGUAACUGUUAAAAUCAUAUCAAUAAAUGAAAGGAUUAACUCGAAAAGUGAGCAAAUGGUUACUCAUGUCCAAUACGAAGUUAUGAUAAAUACGAGAAAAAUAUCUAAAAAGACAAGUUUACAAGUCUCAACUACAGAAAUAACAAAAGAAAUAUCAAAAUUAACAACAUCAACUGGAAUAAGCUAUUCAGUCAUUAAAGUAGACGAAAAAUUCGUGUUUAAGAUGGAAGAAACGCAUAGUUUCAUUGUUAAAAAUGUUAUAAGAAAAGAGAUUUUCCAACAGCUCCAACAAAGUUUAGUAAAAACUGUUCUAAAGAAAGUACAAAAUGUACAAACAUCUGACAUCAGCGUAAAAAUAAUCAAUAGAUUAGAAGUAUUUUCAACAGAGAUUUCUCAGAAAAUUACAAGAGUUGACUUUUCAAUUUCAAUUAAAAAUCAACUUAUCAGCAUAAAUGAAAUAACCAAAGUUAGUUCAACAGAGAUAAUUCAAGAUUUAUCUGUCGAAUUAUCAAAGAAAAUAUCAAUUGUUCAAAAUAUUAAUAUUGAGGAAACUGUUUCCGUUUCUAAAACUUUUGCUAUAACUUUCAAAGAAAAGAUUUCUAAGACUGAAUUUUCAAAGAUUAACGAAGUUAUUAAAGAAAGUUUAGAAGCUGCUAGUAUUACUGAUGUUUCAUCUAGUGUUGUAACAGUUGAAGAAGUUUUCCAGUUGGAAACCAAAACAGUUUUGCAUUCCGUAAGAGUUAUUGCUAAAUCGAAGACGGAAGUGUUGAAUGCUAAAGUUGAAACACUGGGCGAUUUUGUCAGUGUUAAAAAGAGGAUCGAAGAGAAGAAUAUCUUGACAAUAAACAGUAAGAAAGUAUCGAUUGUUGCAAUUAGUCUAGAAACAGUCGUACGAAAGUCUGAAACUCAUAGGUUAACUUUAACGUCUGAAUUCUCAAGAUUAGAUAUAACAAAGGUUCAAAAAACCAUCCUUAGCUUAAUACAGGAAACUGAUAAAAGUAUAACUUCAGUUACUAUUGUUGGGAUAACAAAGAGCUUUACCCUUGAAAAAAUAUCUCGCGAAUUUUCUAACAUAUUCUUAAAAGUUGUAAAUGAUGUUCAAAAGACUAUCGUAACUGAUUUCCAACAAAUCAAUAUUGUAAAAUUAAGUCAAAAACUUCUACAAGAAACAACAAGAAUAAAAUUGGAAUUUAUAUCUGAAAGUAAUAUUCAAUCAACGACUAUUGUUGAAAAAUCUCAAAUGUUUAGCCUAACGUUGAAGAAAGCAAUAAUUUCUACGGAUAUUUCUAAAAUAGAGAGUGCUUUUAAGGCGGAAUACGAAAAAACUUUAUCAAAGACAAACCUAAACGUCAAAAUUGUUAAACAAAUUGAAAAGAUAACCGAGAGUGGAGAAACAAUAUGGGAAAUACUUCAUGUAGUUAGUGAGGAGAGUGCUGUAACUGGAGAAAUAGUUAUCAUUGAUAAAAAAGUUACCAAAGCAAUAUCGAUAACAAAUAUUAAGAAAAUAUUAAGCUCGAUAAUUAGAUCGGAUUCUACGAAGACUUAUGAAUCAUUAGUUGAAACAUCUGUUUCAAAAGUAGCACUGAGCGUCGCAAUUAAAGAAACAUUUAAAACUAUAAUCGAUAAGAGAAUCGAUAUUACAAAUAUCGAAACCAGGACAAAAUUUGAGCAAGUUUUGUUAAAAUCCUUUAAAGAAACGGUAUCAAUAGUUUCAACUCAAACUACUAAACUUAUCCUAAAAUCUAUUGACGUAACCAAAAUAUCAACGGAAACUUUAAUAAAGAAUUUACAAAUUGAGAAUAUUGUUACAGCAAAAAAAGAGAAGAUUUCUAUUCAAAGCUUUGAAGAUUUAUCUAUAAUUAGAAAAUCAGAGACUUUAAGCGUCUUUGUUAAAAAAGCAUUUUCCAAAUCUGAUAUUGAAAUAUUUCAAAAAUCCAUUAGUAAAACUUGGGAGAAAAUUAAUAUUUUUACAAUUGUUAAGAUUAUUUCUACCUGGAGUUAUGUAAGCGUCACCGGAGAAACGCUUACAGAAGUGAUUUAUAGUACUCAUAAUUUGUCAACCAAUUCAACAUCUCUAAGUGUAAUUUCCGCUCAAACAAUGACGUCGAUUAAUAUCGAAACACUAGAGACUGUAAUAAAGACGGAAAAAACAAGAUUACAGUACGAGUUUAUCAGUAAAGAGAUACUCGAGAAAACUGAAACCUACCUAGAAAGUAAUAUCUUCGAAUUUACACUCUCAACAGCCUUGAAAGAGGAAGACAUAUUGACAUUCGAGGAAACUGUUGGAAUAACUCUACAAGAAAAACUAGAAGGUUGUAGAUAUUCUCAUUUUAACCUUUCAUUAUUUAUAGGAAACUUGCAAAUUUCUUCCAUAGUUAAAGAGGAAUUGGUUGCAAAAUUUAUUAGAAGCGUCGAAAAGACUUCUAUAACAACAACUAAUCAAUAUUCUCUUGGGCUAUCCGUAUUUGUGCUUCAAGUUAGCCUUCAGACAAAAACUGGUAUUGUUAUAGAUUCUCGAGUUGUUCGAAAUUUGCUAAAUGAAGAAGUAAAAGAAGCUAUAAAUCUAAGUGAAACUGGAACAAAUGUUACUUACAGUGAAAGAUUAGUUGAAAUUAAAGAAAAGACGAAAUUAAUAUCAAGAAACCAUCUCUUCGGUAUAACUUUCCAACAAAAAGUGUCCGAUACUCAAACCGAAAGAACCAAACUCGAGCAAGUUUUCAAAGAAACCUUAUCAAGACAAAAUACAGAAUAUACGGAGAUAAGCGUAAAAUUUGCCUAUGUCGAAGAAGUAUUCAUUUCGUUUGCAAGAUCCGUUUUUAUCGUUCAUUUUACUGUUGAAACUAAAUCCGAAAUACUUAGAGUAUACGACCUUAAGGAGAUUUCAAUAACCAUUGUUAAACAGAUAAUUAAAGAGAAGAAGAUUACAUCUAUUAAAGAGGAAGAAUACUCAAUUGUUGAUAUCAGUAAGGAGAAGAUUAUACGCAGAGUGGAAACAUUCUCCUUAACGUUACGUAAUCAAUUUUCUAUUGCUGACAAACAGAAGAUAGUUGAGAUCCUUAAAAAAACUACACGAGCAACUUCCAUUGAACUAAUCAGUAUUGAAGAAAAAAUUACUAUUACGGGAUUAACGGUUACCAGUGUUUUAUUUAUACAAAAAUCUCAAAAUGGAUUAAUAAUUAAUCCAAAUUAUGUUGUUAAAACUUCCAUUGAAGAAUUUAAGAAGGAACUAGUAAAAACAACUUUUACUUCCGGCUUGAUUUAUACAGUUUUUGAGGAGACAACUAAAACGUUUUCGGAGAAGGAGACGUUUUCAUUUGCUCUAAAAAUUGGAGUUAGAGAGGUGGAUUACACUCUAAUUGAGAAUAAAAUUAGUACUUUCAUUAAAACUGUUAUUAGUGUUACAACUUCUAUUCAAGUAAAGAUACUACAAUGCGUUGAAUCGGUAACGGAAACUGGAGAAGUUGUCUACAAAACUGAUUACGUUGUCAUGACAUCUGGCAUAACAAUCGAUUCAAGAACAAUUAGAGAAUUUAAAACAACUGAAAUACAAACUUUCUUACAAGUGAACAUUUACGAGACGAAGGAAACAUAUUGGGAAAAAUUUGUCUCAAUUCAGAAGACAAGCAUAAUUAAACGAAUGAAUUUGCAAACUUUAACAGUUUCAAGUCAAUUAACUCAAGUAACCAUAAAGAAAAUAACUGAUAUCCUACUUUUACAAUAUCAAAAAGUAUUCAAUUUCAUAAGCGUUACUUUCAUUAAGCUAGAAUCUUGUUUCAUUGAAAAUGGCGAGGAGGCAUUUAUAAUCGUUUAUAAAGUUGAAAAUAAUUCAACGAUUAUUAGGAAGAUCGAUAACAUUCAAGUUACAUUUGAGAAGAUAAAGGUACAGAUUGAAAUGGAAGAUAUAAAAACAAUCAAGAAUACGUCAUUAACUCUUAUCGACGAAACCAAAAUGAAAAUUACAAGAAGAUUAGAAACGAGUUAUAUUAAGAUAAAGGAAAAAGUAUCAAGAGAAGAUUAUUCAAAAUUUGAAUUAAUAAUAAAAAAUUCAUUAAAGAUAACUGAAUCUACAACCGUAGUUGUUAAAGUUCUCAGAACUGAAGAGAGGAUAACUAUAACUGGCGAAACCGUAAUUUUGUUGAUCUAUUCCGUGAAAAGAAAGAGUUUAUUAGUACACUCUCAACUGAUAUCUAUUGAACAGACUAGUCUUAUUCAAAAGAGAAUUAGCGAAACUGUAUUCAUUUCUAAAAGAAUCUAUACAGUCUCUCAAGUAAAACUUGAAGAAAGUAUAAAUAUUAAAGAGCUCUUUAGUUUAACAUGCAAAAUGUUCAUUAAACAUGAACAUAGAUUAAUCAUUGAGGAGAAUAUUGCCAAGGAAUACAAAGAAGAAUAUAAAUUGGAUGUUUCAGUUAAAAUUCUUGUGAAGAUAGUAAAGAUUAUUGAAGAAUUUACUGAAACAGGGGAAAUUAUCUACAAAACCUUAUACAACAUUGUUAUCGGUAAUAAGAGAAUUAAUUCGAGAUUAAUUAAAAAUGUUAGCGUUACGAGAAUUAAGAAGAUUUUUGAGCUAUCUACUCAAACUAGUCUCUACUCGUCAUUCGUCGUUGAUAUUACAAAGACUACCAAGAUUUUUAGAAGGAGUGAAUUACAUCAAUUUUCGUCAAUUCAAUCGAUUGAAGAUAAAACUGCUAUUACUAGUUUAAUUAAGGAAAGUUUAAAGAUUUUAAAUUAUCUAGACGUUCAAAUAAAGAUAAUCAAGUUUGAAGAGAAUAUCUUUGAAGGGAGGAGCGUUUUUACUUGCUACUAUUCAGUCGUUCGGAAGAAUGUCUAUAUAAGAAAUAUAGAUAUUAGACGUAUCACUAAAGAGACUUUAACACAAGUUUCGAUUAACUUGAAUAUACUUAGUGUUAAAAAGGAAAAGAUUACUUUUGUACAAACUGAGAAGAUCAUAAGAAGAAUAGAGACCUUAUCGAUUUCCAUCAGAAAUACAGUUAGUAUAGCCGACUUUGAAAAAAUACAAAGAGUUAUUAAAAAGAGUUUAGAAGAGAGAAAUGCUAUAAAUGUUAAUAUAAAAAUCAUUGGUAUCGAAGAAUACAUCACAGAAACUAGCGAAACCGUGACAAAGUUAAUUUAUACGGCAACUACGCUUACAUCUACUACGAGGAUAAACUUGCAAAGUCUUGUUGAAUUUUCAUCGUCAAUCUUUGAAAAGUAUCUUAAACUUGAACUGUUUUUGAACAAUAGAAUUUAUCAAUUGGAAAAAUCAAGUAUAAAACUUAUAAGAAUUGAUAAAACUUUCUCAUUUACAUUGAAGGAAAGUAUAAAACUUGAAGAUUAUGUAAAGAUUGAAACAAAAUUGGCAAUAGAAUAUUCAAAAAUCUUAAAACUACAAGUUAAAGUAAAGAUCUUAAGACAAAUUGAAGAAUUUAGCGAAAAUGGCGUAGUUUUUAAAAGAAUUAUAUUUAAAAUAGAAAGUUUAGAUAAAAAGUUGAUUGAUAAACGAAAAACUGUUGAAAUAUCAAAUGAAAUACUUCAAAAAUCAAUCUUGAAUAUUAAAAUUGCUGGUUCAAUAACGAAAACAUAUUCAGAGACUUUAAUUACAAAUAUUAAAACCUCUAUUAGAACGGAAAAUACUCAUAAUUUCUUAAUAGAUAAAACAGUUUCUUUUGAAAGUGAAAUAAUAAAGAAACAAUGGGAGAGUGUUAUUCUUUCUAGUUGGAAGAAAGUUCAUUCCGAUACAACGGAUAUAGAAUUAAAGAUAUUGGGAACUGAAAUAAUCUAUAAACAAGGAAAAGAGUUUACUCAAAUUAUUUAUAAAGUUUUUAAUAAGAAAACUCAAACUGUUUUACGAGAGAUCGAUGUUAAGAAAAUUGACUCUAAAGUGAUACAACAAAAUAUUGACGAUGUCAAGCUGACAACUAUUAAUAACGAAAAAAUAACUGUGUUUGCCUCAUCCGAACUUGAUAUCAGGGAAAAGACUACUUUCAAAUUAACUUUGAAAACUCAAAUACAAGAAUCAGAUAAACAAAAAUUCGUUCAAGCAAUAAAAGAAGCUGUUAUCAGCAGUAAUAAAUUAGUUUUAUCUGAAAAUACUACGUCUGCUAUCUUUGAUAUAUCUAAGGAAGAAAUUACAAAAUCAGGAAAAAUUGUUGCAACUGUUUCAAUAACGGUAAAAAGAGAUUCAAAAAUAUUCUCUUCUCAGGAAGCGGCUUUUAAUAUUUCUACAGUUGAAGAACUUUUAUCAAAUAUAACAGUAACUGGUACCGACGAAAAGUUUAGCGACGUUUUAUUAAGUGCCAAAGUAGCUAUUGAACACCAAAAUAUAAUAAAUAAAAAAGAGAAUAUUGAAAUGGACAAACUACUUUCACUAACUGUAGACAAAACUCUUAAGAUAAACGAAGAAAACAAAUUAGCCGAAAUUGUUAAGAAACUUAUUGUUAAAGAGAAUACUAAUAUUGCAGAAGCAAAUUUAACUGUUGAGGUUGUCAGACAAGAAAAAGUUAUUGAUAAAGCAACUAAGGAGACUAAGGUCAAAGUUAAAUUGGCAAUAAGAGUUAAUGGGAAAAUAAAGGAUGCUAGAUUACUAAAGAUAUCCAAAGAAAAGAUACAAGAAGAAAUCAAUAAGGAAAAUUUGAAUAUUAACAUUAAAUCUAUUGACAAAGAGAUAAGACUGGAAAAAUGUAUGAAGUUAUUAAUAAAAAAUGUACCACUCGCAAACGAAGAUGUUGAUAAAGCAAUUAAAACUCUACAAGAUAGUCUUAGAGAGUCUGACGCAAAAUAUAAAGAUGGUAUCGUCACACUCUGCACAACUCGUCAAAUAAUAAAUGAAAAAUCGGAAACAUUAACGGAAAUACUUUACGAAGUUUCCAUAAAUAAUAAAACUAUUGUGCAAUCUGUUGAUAAAAAAACAAUUAUUAAGAAUUUCAAAGAGAAGAAAACAAUUAAGAAAGAAGAAUUUAAAUUGGUUAUCCAAAAUGAAAAGACUGAGAUUAUCGAUUUUGAAAGUACAUUCAAACUUUAUUCAUUAAACAUCUUUUCGAGGGCUAGUUAUACUCAAAUCAUAGCUUCUAUCAAUCAAGUAUGGAAGACAAAACUUCAAUCUGUUAUGACGACAGACGUUGAUUUUGAUAUCAAAAUUACAUCGUUUAAUGAGGUAUUUGAAAGGAAAGUGAGUGGACCAUUUAAAAUUAUCUACGAAUAUACAUAUACUUUGAGUAAAAAGACAACGAAAGAGUUAAUUUCUGCUCUAAGACUUGAAAAAUUGACAUCUAAUGAGUUGGAUGAAAUAUUUACAUCCAUCGAUAUAUCAUUCAAAUUUACCGGAAACGUUGAGAAUCUUGUUUCAAAGAUGAACCUAUUCAAGUUAACUGUUAAACAAUACGUUCUUGAAAGUCAAUAUACAAUUCUACAAAAUAAACUCGAAGAAUUUUGGUCCGAAGAUUCAAGUUUUAAUAGUAAAGUGGCAACAUUAAGAAUCGUCCAACAGCAAUACUUCUUAACUUCUGAAAGGGAAACUGUUAGCGUUCUGUUUAUACUAGCCACAGAUAAUUCAAACGCUAUUAUAAAAUCUAAAGAUUUCCCGAAUUUCAAUAUUCAAGCUUUAACUAUUAAAUUUGAAUCGUUAACUAUAAGAUCAUCGAAAGGAACUAAAUAUCUUCUUAUGGAAACUGACCAAUCAAAAUUAAUUGAAAGGACAAAAGUCUAUAAAUUCUUACUAAAGAAAUCAAUUAAAAUUGAAUUUGUAUCUUCAUUAACAACUGAAAUAAGAAAAGUAUUUGUACAAAUGAAGAAAGGUAUUGUUAGAGAAGAAGAUAUAAAAAUUGAAUUGCUGCAACAAGAGGAAUACAUUUCUGUCAGCGACAAAACUACCGCUCUUGCUUCCAAUUUCCUCGUACUUAUAGCAGACAGCGUCCUAGAUUCGAGACUUGAUCUUAUUACAGACUCAGAUUUGGAAGAUAUCCUAACAUCCAUAUCGGAUUAUAAAGAUUCAUUAGUGAGAAAGAUUGAAGAAGGAAACUAUAUACGUUUCGAUAGUUUAUUCACUAUUCUUACUGAAGUUAGAGUAGAACAAACAACCGAAAUUACGAAUGAAAUCAAAAAACAUUGGCAAACCAACUUACAAACCUAUACAGUUGAUAAACUGGAAAUAAUAACGCAAGAGGAGGUAAUACUAGAAAAGAGUUCUACUUUCGCUUUUGGCGUCUUUUAUCUAGUAAAAACUGAUAAAGAAACUCUAGACGCCAAUAAAAUUGACGUUAAAUACACGAAAUUACAAGAAAUGAUUAGCAAAGCUGAAAUAAUUUAUCAAGGAACAACUUACAAAUAUAAAAUAGUUGAGAUGGAAUUAUUCACAAGAACAACAGUGACAAAGACUAUUCUUAUUGAACGAGAAGAGAUUGAUAAGGAUAGCUACGAAGUAAUUGAAAAAUCUUUGGAAGAAUCCUACAAAAUAUCUAACAACUUUUUCGUAGAUAAAUCCAUAGAGAUUAUCGUUAAAGAUGAAUAUAUUAGUCUACAAGGAAUUUCGGUUAUAAAACUCUUUUAUAAAGUUUUACAAGAGAAUAAAGUAUCAAUCCUAGCCGAAUCAUUUAAUGAAAUAUCACAUUCCGAUAUACAACAACAACUAAAGGAGUUUAAAGUCUUUACGUCAAAUGACAAACUAUUUAGAUAUAAGAAAAAGUUCUCGUUUGUACUUGAAAGAUUCGUAUUGAAAGAUAACGUUGGUACCAUUCAAUUGAAUUUGAAUAAAGCUUGGGAGGCUAGAUUACAAACGAAUACUAUCUAUUUCGUCAAACAAGAAGAAGUUCUUAACGAUAACGGAAAGAUAUUUUAUCAAUCGUCCUAUUUCGUUGAAAAUACAGCAACAAAUACAGUGCUAGAUUCGAUUGUUUGGGGUGAAUUGGAAGAAAAUAUCAUAGAAGAAGCAUUAGACGUUCAAGUUCAGAAUUUACAAGAUAAAUAUAAAGAUUUUCUAGUAAUUACUUCAAAUGCUACUGAAUUAAUAAGAUGGAAAGACGCUUUUUCAAUUAUGACUAUUGUAAAAAUAUCUAAACAAUACCAUGACGAUAUUAAGAGAGCUUUAACAAAUAUGUGGAGGAAUAUAAGGAAGUUAUCAGUGGAUAUUCAUAUUUUCCCCAAUAGCGAAAAAUACGUUCAAGAAUCUGGGAAUAUUAUUCAUAAACUCUUUUAUAAAGUUAAAGAGAGUUCAAAAUUAUUGAAAGCCAGUAACCUUGGUAAUUUUGAAGAUGGUGAAAAUCAGGAAAAUUUCAAAAAUGUCAUAGUUACAAAUAAUCAGCAAUUAUCGUCAUUGCUGUUCAAGUCAACCAGUGGAGAGUUGUAUAGAAUAAAGAGUACUUUUAAUUUCCAAUUAUCGCGAUCUAUAUUAAAAACUGAUGAAGUUAACAUUAACACUCAGUUGCAAACUAUAUGGAAAGCUUCUAAUUCCGAAGUUUCAACUGUAACGAUUUUGGCCAGAGAAGAAUUUAUCAUCAAAUCUAAUCUGGAAUCUCUAUAUAAAAUAUAUUAUCUCGUUAAAACUGAUAAUAAAAUUUUAGACGCCGUUUUUAACAGUGAUAUAGAAUCUCAAAAGAUUAGAGACGCUCUUGAUGCAGUAACAAUUGGUCAAAGCUCUAAUAAGUACUCGGAAUUUUUCCAAACAUAUUUGGCAUCUGAAUUAAUACCUUUCGACGAUUUAAUGUCGUUAGCUCUUCGUCAAACUGUCAUUAAGACUGAUUAUAUUAUAUUGGAAGAGAAGUUGAAAGAAGCUUGGGUAAAGAAGACAUCACUUUCGGAUGUUGAAAUAAAAAUUGUAGGUCAAGAACGCUAUACAUUAGACAAAUUAUUUGUCUCCAAAAUUCUAUAUACUUUUACCCGAAACCAAGUUAUCUAUACACCAAUCGAUUUAGAGAUGUUAACAAAAGUUGAAUUAUCAGCUAUCGAGGAAAUUGAUAGUGCCAACGGAGAAAAGUAUUCUAUUAUCGAUUCGUCAGAGAAUUUAAUUAGAUUCAAGAAAGCCCAAUUCAUUUACCUUGAUAAUUAUAUUAAAUUAAAUCAAAUGGAUAAAAUCAUAGAUAUUAUCUCAAACGUAAUUCAAGAUAAUACAAUCGAAAUUCAGUUGGGUCCUUCGGAAGAAUUUAUCCAUCCUACAAAGAAAGUUAUUAUUCGAUUGUCCUACUUUUCAUUUAUAAGUAACCUUGUUAUUGAUGGGCGUUUAAGACCUGCUCUAUCUACUCAAAGACUACAAACCGAACUCGAUUCUCUUAAAUUAAAGAUUGUUGUUGAUACAACAAAUUAUAUUAACGAAGUACAAACAGCUACUUUAAUGGUUAUUGGAAUACCUAGUAGGACGGAUAAUAAAAUCAUUGCAGGUUUGCAAGCAGUUGCGUCCGGUCUGCUACCAGGAUCAACUGCCGAAAUUAUAAAUUAUCAACCAUAUAUUAGUCAAACUGGAUUAGAAUUGACUGGAAUUUUUUAUAAAAUUACCUUAAAUGGUGAAAUACAAAAUCCUAAAUUGUUGAAAAUUCCUGAAAUAUCUUCAGACGACGUCUAUAAGGGAAAAGAUGUUCUUAAACUGAAUAAAUUAUAUAAGUUAUCCCUUACGGGUCUAAUUUUAAAUGGUGAUACUCAACAAAUGAUAAAGCAAGUAACAUUUGUAGGAUCUUGGACUGAAUAUUUACAAAAGAAUAGACUGGAUUUACAAAUAUCAUUCUACAAAGCCGAUGUUAAUUUUGGUCUUUUUGGAGAAAUCGUUACGAAUGUAUUAUAUUCAGUUGAAUCGAAUGGUUUUAUUUAUCAUCCCGCUAUUCAAGAUCCUGUUCCAAAAUCUACCAGUUUCCGUCAGGCAAUAAAAUCAAUUGUACCAGAAACGAGCUUGUUCGAUGAGAGUCGAACGCUAAUAAGACGUGAUAGAACAUUUAGCCUUACUUUUGAAAGGACUUUAACAAGUGACGAUAUCGAAAAGAUUACUAAUGAAUUACAAGCGAAAUGGACGACAAUUGAAGCCUUGGAUGAAUCGCCAAAGAUUAUUGGAAUUUCGGACAGAACUGAUGAAACUAUGGGCAAAUCUAUUGUUCAAGUUUAUUACAUUGUUAAGAAGAAUGGUAUUAACAUUGAAGUUACUGAUGUAGACGGUCCAACCGAUUUACCAUCGUUUCCCGCGUUCGACCAACCAACUGUACCAGUUGAAUCGUUAUAUAUUUCGGGUAGAGUUAACGAUUCAUCUACUAAUAAUAUUCAAACUGUAUUGGAAACAACAUGGCGAAGAGCGACAAAUGUUAACGAUUUGAAAGUUAAAUUAACUUCUGUAAAUUCAAAAUUUACCUCUGUGGAAUGGAAAAAAGUAACGCUAGUUAAAUAUGCGGUUGAAUCUGAACAAAAAGGAACGCCUGGUAGAGAUUCAAUAGAAGGAGGAUUAGGUACUUUUGGUUUAAGAUUAUGUAAUUGCGUUGCCCAAAAGGAGAGAAAAUUGGUUUUAAAAGCUGAGAGAGCAGACGUGGUGGAAAGUGUCGUAUCAGAAUCUAUACAGGCUGCUUGGGAAAAUAAGAAUUCAGAGGUUAACGGUACUUUCGAAGCCAAAAUUAAGAUAGACCAGAGUAGGAAAAAAAGAGCUGCUACUGGUGGCAGUGGCUUGACAGUUGAUAAUGGCACUGCAAUAACUCCGAUAUCUGAUCAAGUCACUUUAGAUAGUAUGCCUCCUCAUCCUCUACUUAUUAAAGAGCCUACACCUCAAGAGAUUGACGAUGAGCUAAAGAAACGAUCCAAUAAUGUUGAAGUUUGCCACGGAGUUUGUAAACCAAAGAUAUGCAGAUUUAUGAACGUUAAGAAAACGGAAUCUAAUAAUAUUGAAGAUGUUAAAUUAGCUAUUCAAGAAGCUUACGUUGAGGCUAAUCCUGGAAUGGAAAAAUCAGAUUUUGAGGUAGAAAUAACACAAGUUCAAGAAUUGCUGGAUAGCAACGGAUUAAGCUAUUCUAAAGUUAAUUAUUGCGUAUCGACAAAAGAUGGAUCAAUUCCGCAAGAACCAACAGACGAGCAGUUAAAUAGGGCUCUUAAAAAAUAUGGCUUUGAACUGUUCGAUGCAGAAGUUACAACCGAGAAACCUGGUGAUGUAGUUGAAGAGGGAGACCUAAAAUGGAUUAUCACGGCUGGAGUACUUUGCGGUUUAUUCGCCUUAAUCUUCUUAAUUUUGGCUAUUGUCAAAAUUUGGAUGAGAUCGAAACGUCUCCAAAGACAAAAAUCAAGAGAACAAGAUCGGGAAUAUUUACACGAUGAAGAAUUCUAUCCAAAAUCUAGAAAUGGUACUUUCGCAACUUAUAAUACUCUUCAUUCAACAGCUAACUCCUCUUAA